AUGACGCUGUCAAAAAUUACUACUGUGUCUUUCCAGCGGGUAAGCGAACCGUUGGAAUAUAUUCCAACAGUGAUGGUUCCUGUCCAGAAUGUAACAGCAACUGCUGGUGACAAUGUGACGCUAGCCUGUAUCGUGACUGGAACACCUAAUGUGACUGAUGUGUUCUGGCUGAGAAUUGUCAAUGGUGUCGAGGUCGAGACACUGGUGGUUGAUGGUGUCCGUUACUCGGGCGUGACCCCAGGUGACCCUUCUCUAAGAAUAAUCAGCGUAGCGAUAUCAGACAGUGCUGUAUAUAUCUGUAAAGCCAACAACAGUGUUGGAACCGGAAGUAGCAACCUCAUCACUCUUGAUAUAGAAGGUGUUCCCAUUGCUACAAUUCCUAAUACAUUUGUAUCUGGGGAUCUCGGAUUCAAUGUGACUUUGAAUUGUAACGUCACUGGAAACCCCCCGCCUGUUGAUGUAUACUGGCAGAUGAAAGUCAACGAGACAGAGCUUAGAACGAUAUUGGUUGAUGAAUCCGACUACAGUGGAGUGACCCUGAAUGAUGCUUCUCUCAUCAUUAUCACAGCUAGUUUAGACGACAGCGCCGUUUACAUAUGUAAUGCAAACAAUAGUUUAGGGACCGGAAGUAGUUUACCGAUAACUCUUAACGUCUCAGCUAUUGCUGUGGAAUACUAUGCAAGCCUGUCAUUAAAUGAAACAUUUAAUCCCGAGUUACUCAACACGAGCAGUCAAAUGUUUAGAGAUAAGGCAGAAGAGUUUUCUAAUGUGAUGGACAGCACAGUUCUAAGUUCAAUAAAUGGCACACAGACGCAGGUGAUAGGUUUCAGUAAUGGAAGCGUGAUUGUCCAGUUUCUCACCUUGUUCAUCAGUAAUUUGUUGACUACAACAGUGAUUGAUGAGAGUAUAAUCAGGACCGUGAUUAGAGAGUCUCUGCAGACCAACAGAAAUCAGUCAAAGGAUUCAACAAUCUUAUCGAUAAUUCCAGAAUCUGUCGAAGGAAUCAUACUAAAGAAAGAUAACUGUGCUAGGAGCCCCUGCUUCAACAAUGGUACAUGUAUAGAUCAGUUGGGAGACUUCGACUGUCAAUGUCUACCCGGAUACGGAGGCAAACAAUGUACAGAAGACCUUGACGUUUGUGCCCCGGAUUCUUGUUUUAACGGAGGAACAUGUCAGGAGGGUGUAGCGGAUGAUUUUUCCUGCCUAUGCGGUGAAGGAAUUACAGGAAAUAACUGUGAGUCACGUUUUUGUACCGACGAUUCGUGCUUCAAUGGAGGAACAUGCAUGCCAGGAAAUAGUACGGUCGAUGGUUACUGCUUAUGUGACAGCCAGCACAAGGGAAUCAACUGUGAAAUAGCCGUGACAGCUAUUAGAACAACAACAACGACUACGUCUACCACCCCAGCAACUACAACCCAAACUACUACAACACCAACAACUACAACUACCCCUGAACCUACGACAACUACAACUCCAACAACUACAACUACUCCAAUGACAACUACAACUCCAACAAGUACUACCUCAGAACCAACCACAACUACAACUUCAACAACUUCUACCCCAGAACCUACGACAACUACAACCUCAACAACUACUUCCCCAGAACUUACGAUAACUACAACUCCAUCAACUACUACCCCAGAACCAACGACAACUACAACUCCAACAACUACUACCCAAGAACCAACGACAACUACAACUCCAACAACUACUACCCAGGAACCAACGACAACUUCAACUCAAACAACUACUACCCCUGAACCUACAACUACAACUCCAACAACUACAACUACUCCAAUGACAACUACAACUCCAACAAGUACUACCUCAGAACCAACCACAACUACAACUUCAACAACUUCUACCCCAGAACCUACGACAACUACAACCUUAACAACUACUUCCCCAGAACCUACGAUAACUACAACUCCAUCAACUACUACCCAGGAACCAACCACAACUACAACUCCAACAAAACCAACGACAACUACAACUCCAUCAACUACUACCCAAGAACCAACGACAACUACAACUCCAUCAACUACUACCCAGGAACCAACGACAACUACAACUCCAACAACUACUUCCCCAGAACCAACGACAACUACAACUCCAUCAACUACUACCCCAGAACCUACGACAACUACAACUCCAACAACUACUACCCAGGAACCAACGACAACUACAACUCAAACAACUACUACCCCUGAACCUACAACUACAAUUCCAACAACUACAACUACUCCAAUGACAACUACAACUCCAACAAGUACUACCUCAGAACCAACCACAACUACAACUUCAACAACAACUACCCCAGAACCUACGACAACUACACUCCACAACUACCAGAACCAAGACAACUACAACUCCAACAACUACUACCCCAGAACCGACGACAACUACAACUCCAACAACUACUACCCAGGAACCAACGACAACUUCAACUCAAACAACUACUACCCAGGAACCAACAACAACUACAACUUCAACAACUUCUACCCCAGAACCUACGACAACUACAACCUCAACAACUACUUCCCCAGAACUUACGAUAACUACAACUCCAUCAACUACUACAACCAACGACAACUACAACUCCAACAACUACUACCCAAGAACCAACGACAACUACAACUCCAACAACUACUACCCAGGAACCAACGACAACUUCAACUCAAACAACUACUACCCCUGAACCUACAACUACAACUCCAACAACUACAACUACUCCAAUGA